AUGGUGCAAGACCCUUUGUUUGGAGAAAAUGACGGUGUGCAACAACAACCCCAGAACCUGUACAUGGUGAACAGGAAUGAGCACGCUGAUGGAGUUUUGGAAAGAAUUCGACACCAGAAUGCUGGGGGGCAGCAAAAUGUUGCAGCCGUGGUCGAACAAUUGUUAAACCAACAUGAUUUUAAUGUGGGUUUUACGAAUAGACCCCAUUUUGUCUCAGCCUUUACUGAAGAGGUUCUCGAAGCAGAGCUUCCUCGAGGAUGGAAAGUCCCUAAGUUUACUAAAUUCUCAGGAGACUCUGGAGAGUCUACUGUUGAACAUGUAGCUAGGUAUCAAAUUGAAGCUGGGGAUUUAGCCAUCAAUGAGAAUUUGAAGAUGAAAUACUUCCCUAGUUCUCUAACUAAGAACACAUUCACAUGGUUCACAACCCUUGCCCCAAGGUCAGUUCACACGUGGGCUCAAUUGGAAAGAAUCUUCCAUGAGCAAUUCUUUAGGGGAGAGUGUAAGGUGAGCCUGAAGGACCUGGCAAGUGUCAAGAGGAAAACGGCUGAGUCCAUAGACGAUUAUCUGAACAGGUUCACGAUGCUGAAAUCUCGAUGCUUCACUCACGUCCUAGAGCAUGAGCUGUUUAUCUUGGCCGCAUGCGGCUUGGAAUAUUCUAUUAGGAAGAAACUCGACACGCAAUACAUUCGAGAUAUGUCACAACUUGCAGACAGGGUGAGGCACGUCGAGUUAUCAAAAGCUGAAAAGUCUGACGAAAAGGCUAAGACUACCAACAAGUAG